CAAAGUGCACCAGGGAUGUAGGCUUACUCACUCAGUCUGCCACUGAAACGUACAUUCUCAAUCCUUGCAUGAUUGAAUUGGACCUAUCUGUCGUAGAUUCCUACGUUGGAUAUGGGUAACAUCACAGUUCAUCAGAACGUUACAUGUUAUGCGGAGCCAAAGAACAUAUCGUGCUUUACAACACUGCCUGACAAUUUUGUUGGUGGAGUAAUAAUAUCAUUUACAGUCUCCAUUGCAAUUGGACUGAUAAUUGGAGGUUUGAUAUGGGUUCUAAUCACAUGCUUGUCCCGCCGGCGUGCCAGUGCAGCUAUUUCCCCAAGAAUGACGAGCUCAUCAAGUCGCCGUCCCAGAACUUCUUCUCAAAACCAGGCAUCGAAUAGAUCUGGGUUUUAUCGUAACAGUAGCUGUGAACGUAGGAGCAACCUCAGCCUAGCCAGCCUGACUUUUCAACGGCAGACUUCACAAGAGCAGCCUGAUCCAUUUACAAGAAAACCUAGCUUCAGAGCAUCCACUUUUCAUCCAUUUUUACAAUCUGCUCCUCUAGCGGUUGAAGCUGAAAGUCAACUUGUUACUCUACCUCGUGCCAACAGCACAUCGCCAACAAUUAACACCACUGGCAACUUUGGACGUCCUGACUUUCACUGGUCUAGCAAUAGCCUACGUCUUGGUCUCGCAACUCACACACCACCUCCAGCCUAUGAAAGUAUCAUUAAAGCUUUUCCUGACCCUUGAAAAUUGUUGGAUUGUUGUAAAAAACACUCACACAGUUCAUUACACUAAAAGUUCAAGGCAAAAAAAAAAAAACAUCUACAAACUGUACAAGAAAAAUUAGGUUGCUACAAACGUCAUCAAUGUUGGGUCAGCAUUUGACUCACUUUUUAACUGUGCAGUGUAGAACAGCUACGUAUAUAUUGACAUUGAAUCAACAGUAUGCCGCUUGCAACUGCUUGUUGGAGUGGUUUGCUUUCUUCAGAUAACCAUUUGCAUUGCACAGCAAAAGCUUUACAUUUAAUAUUGUAUUUUGUAUACCUUUCAAUCAUGGAAAACGUGAGAUGCGGGAGGCAUGUGGUCAACACCUGUUUAAAAAUUCAUUUUGAAUUGAUAGUUGAUUGGAAAUAGUGAUGCAAGGGCCAUUAUUAUUCGGAAACUGCUGGACUUUCAUAUGUUCCACACCCACAUGGUUUUCAGCUGCACUGCAUCUACAUAUCAUAAUAAUAACACAAGGGACCUGAUUUGGGUAGAGGUAUACCUAUACACGGAACCACUAUAAGCCUCAAGGGCUCAUUUCCUUACAUGACCCAGAUC